CAGUAGCGUUGUGGCUCAAGCUGCGCAGGGGAGUUAUUGCGAGGGACAGGAACCCUAGCUGCAAAAAAAACGUGCAUAUAUUUUUAAUUUUAUAAAGAUAAAUAAAUAAAUAUCAUUAUAAUGCCUGGCAUGAUGGAUAAAGGGUCGGAUUACCUAGGUAAAGGUCGGUCUAACGGGACGAAAAGCCCCUCAAACGCCUCGAAUGGCCAUUUUUCUGAUGAGAGUGGCAGCGACGAAGAGCACGAUGUCGGAAUGCGUGUGGGAUCCGAUUAUCAAGCCAAUAUUCCUGAAUAUGAUCCUGGUUCUACCAAGUACAGUGAUAAAGAUACAGGAGGCAUGUUGGUGUGGUCUCCGUAUCAUACUAUUGCGGACACUAAAUUGGAUGAAUACAUUGCCAUAGCAAAGGAGAAACAUGGCUAUAAUGUGGAGCAGGCACUUGGCAUGCUCUUCUGGCAUAAGCACAACAUUGAAAAGUCCCUGGCAGACCUGCCCAACUUCACCCCUUUCCCAGAUGACUGGACGGUGGAGGACAAAGUGCUGUUUGAGCAAGCCUUCAGCUUCCAUGGCAAGAGCUUUCAUAGGAUCCAGCAGAUGUUGCCAGAUAAAUCCAUAUCAAGUCUUGUGAAGUACUACUAUUCAUGGAAAAAGACCAGAUCCAGGACAAGCUUGAUGGACAGACAAGCAAGAAAGCUGGCAAACCGAAGUAAUCAAGAUGAAAGUGAUGAGGAAAUGGAGGAGGCCAAUCCUAUUGAGGCAAAUGACAGUGAUUAUGACCCUACAAAAGAGACGAAGAAAGAGAUCCAUGUUGAGCCACAGAUAAUGAGCUCUAAGAUCAGCAUGGGCCGGAGAGACCAUCAGACACUGCAGCAUCGGCACCACUCACAACGCUCCAAGUGCCGUCCACCCAAAGGCAUGUACCUCACGCAGGAGGAUGUGGUGGCGGUGUCCUGCAGCUCCACUGCUGCUAACACUGUCCUCCGACAGCUCGACAUGGAGCUUGUCUCUCUUAAAAGACAGGUCCAAAAUGCCAAGCAACUGAACAGUGCUCUGAAACAGAGGAUUGAAUCUGGCAUAGAUGAACACCGCCUGCCUGAGUCCAACCAAAAAAUCAACGCACGCUGGACAACAGAUGAGCAGCUCCUAGCAGUUCAAGGAGUACGCAAGUAUGGCAAAGACUUCCAGGCCAUUGCAGAUGUUAUUGGCAAUAAAACAGUGGGGCAAGUUAAGAACUUCUUUGUGAACUAUCGACGCCGUUUUAACCUGGAGGAGGUGCUACAGGAGUGGGAAGCCGAGCAGGGAACUCGUGCUCCCAAUGGAGAUAGUUCAGCUGCUGGAGAGGAUGGAAAAAACAACUCCAAUCCACCUUCAGGAAAGAGCACAGAUGAAGAGGAAGAGGAAGGUCAGGUGACGCCUGUCUCUGGACCCUCUCCCAUAGCUGUAGCAUCACUGUCCAUGGCAGCAGCAAGCGGUAGCACCUCUUUGAAUCAGCCUCCACCUUUACUACGGCCGUCUCUGCCAGCCACUCCUGCACUGCAUCGCCAGCCUCCACCCCUCCAGCAGCAGGCUCGUUUCCUGCAGCCUCGUUCGGCUCUGAACCAGCCACCGCCACUCAUUCGGCCUUCUAACCCACUCCCCCCACGCCUCAAUCCUCGCCCUGCUGCUCCAGCCAACACUGGCAUAGGCCCACAGCCCCCCACACUAGUGGGAAUCCCUUCUGAAAACCCAUCCUCUUCUCUGCACUGAGCAUGAGCAUUAUACCCUAAAUUGAGGAAGAGAAAGAAGCACUUGCAAAAAAAUUUGUUGUUGAAUUUGUGGUAUUGUUUUCUAUCACAGUUAUGUUAUCAUCAUCAGAGGACAGUACAGAUGAGAAAUUUAAAAAAAAUCUGGUCCUGGUCAGCUUCUGUGCAUUUUGCUAUUGGUUUUCCAAGUCUCUGUAACAGUGCUGGAGUGAUGAACAUCAUUCCUUCAAAAAGAUUUCUCUAUUUAGUGUUUUGAUGAUGGUGGUGGAGAGUGCUGACAAACCUGGUGCUCCAAAAUCUGCUGUUGACUGAAGUCCAAAAAUUUACAUCAUAUUCACACUAAUCAAUCACUGAGUCCUGGUCCCCUGUGGAUUGGGGUCUUUCUGCAAGAGACCCUUCACAUCGGGUUAGGUCUUCUUGUCAUAGCAAAAGUUUUCUAAGAAGUACUUUGUAUUGAUUCACAGCAAUUGAUUCUUUGAAUUUGUCAACAAUUUGCAUGUAACCUUAGCCUUUGACUGAUAUGUGUAUAUUAUGUUUAUUUAAAUAUUGUGUAACUGACCCUUUUAAAAUGUUUUACUCAAAACAUGUUGCUCUUAUUACUUCAUACAAAUGGCAAAACACAACUCCUGCAUUCUAAAAAUGUGUUUGCUGCAAACCAGAUGUCCAGGGGGUUGAGCUGGGCUUGAUCCAACUCUUAUAACCCUAAUCUAUGAGACACACUACAACACAGAACAAUACACUUAUCCAUACUGAAACACACAGUUGUCUCUGCCUCCUGGACUUUUUGCUCAAAUCUGAUGCAGGCGGAACCGAAUUAGUUCAGACUUUCCCAUUUGACAAUAAAGCAUUUACUGGUAUUUGCACACAGUCAGAGUGACAGUGAGGUGGGGUUUUUUAAGGACUAAUCAAGUCCUUCAUUUUCCUGAUGUAAGUGUUCAGUGCACAUUUUUUGUGACACUCUUGUCAUGUGUAUAUAAACAUUAUUUAUUUUUAUACUUGGUGCUAAUGACUACAGACAGAUUAAUGCCUAAUGUCCAGAUCUUAUGCCAUAAAAGUGCUCUUAAAGUUUAAGAGAACAUCGUGUUUUUUUAAAUGGACAUUUCAGACUUUAAACAUUGUCACAAGUCUUGAGUCUCUCCGCAAACUACUGUGGACAUUACAUGAUGAUGACUGGCCAAUUGAUUUUCAUCGGAGCAUGGUAAUUAAUAGCAUGGAUUACAAUCUUGUUGAUUAUGAACAUCAAGGGGUCUCGACGUUAAUUAAGAAAUUUUAUGUAAUAUUCAAAUAUUAGUCAUAUUUUUUUGUUUCAUCUUCAAACUGUUAUGGUCCUAAUAAUUGUACAAAUCAUAUUACACAUACAGAUUCCAGUAGACAUUAUUUGAGUUAUUGAGAUUGACAUGUUGAACAGGCUAAUAACUAAUAAUAGGUAUCAGAACUUUGGUGUUUUCGCCACUUUAAAAAUUUGAUAAUCAUGGCCCCCUGAUCAUACAUGGCACUUGUCAUCUUGUGCAGUCAUUUCCAUCCAACUGUUAUUAUUUAUUUGUACAUGUUGGUUGUUGCUUUUGGGAUCAUUGGAUAGAAUAGCAGAUGAUUGAACCAGAGAUUAAGCUGUUGACUGAGUGAGUUCAGUCCAAUGCUGGUAGUUCCAUUUUUUAUUGUACCUUGUAGCAUUAAAUUAUGUACCUUUUUAUGUAGAUAUGUUAUUGAUAUGUUUAUUUGCCUAUACAAAAAAAAUUAUACUUGUUCUUCAUUUUAUAAUCUUCACUGUUUUGCUGUAAUUCCACUUUGUUUUGUUAGUUAAGUCUGUAGAGAUGUUGGGUUUGUGUUGUUCCUGCAUGUCACUAUGUUCAUAAAUUCAUUGCUGUGUAUGUAUUUUAAUCUGUUUGUGUUGUAUUUUGUCCCAUGUAUGCCAAAUUUAUAGUUUCUUUCAUGUCUAAAUUUGGUCCCUUUUUACACACUUACCUCUUAGAAUGUCAAAAUUAUUUAUAGCACUUAAGUAGAAGCCACUUUCUUAGUGGGUUAAAUUUUUUUCCCUGUAACACUUGACAGACACUAUGUCUACUUCCUCUGCAUUUCAGGCAUUAAAGCAGAAGUGUCCACACUAAA